AUGGCGAUUUCUCUGGAAGCAGCCAACCUGAAGGUCUUCGCGUUCCUAGCUGUUGCGAAGCUGGCGCUUCGCUGGGGCAUUGUGUCAGCUGGCCUUAUCUCCAGCGACUUCACGACGGUGCUGCGGACCCUGCCUCGCUCUGGGCACCAGGUCCGCCCUCCCUCCGGAGUCCAGGGGAAGCGCGGGCGGGGGGUCUGGGGGCGCCCCUCCUGGUGGGGCGCCCCACGGGUGGCGGUAGCGGCCCGUGACCUGAGCCGGGCGAAGGAGUUUGCGAGGAAACACGACCUCCCCAAGGCCUACGGAUCCUAUGAGGAGCUGGCCAAGGACCCGAACGUGGAGGUGGCCUGCAUUGGCACUCAACACCCCCAGCACAAGGCCGCGGUGCUGCUUUGCCUAGCAGCGGGCAAGGCUGUGCCGUGCGAGAAGCCCAUGGGCGUGAACGCCGCGGAAGUGCACGAAAUGGUUCCUGAGGCCAGAUCCCGAGGCCUAUUCCUUAUGGAGGCCAUCUGGACCCGCUUCUUUCCUGCUGUAGAGGCUCUGAGGUCUGUUCUGGCCCAGGGAACUCUGGGGGACCUUCGGGUGGUUCGGGCAGAAUUUGGGAAGAAUCUCACCCAUGUACACCAGGCCAUAGACUGGGCCCAGGCUGGAGGUGGCUUGUUAGACAUUGGCAUCUACUGCCUCCAGUUCAUCAUUAUGGUCUUCGGUGGGCCAAAGCCGGAGAGGAUUUAAGCUGUGGGAAGGCGCCAUGAAACAGGUGUGGACGACACUGUCACUGUGCUACUCCAGUACCCAGGAGGGGUCUACGGCAGCUUCACCUGCAGCAUCACUGCCCAGCUCUCCAGUAUGGUCUCUGUGAGCGGUACCAAGGGCAUGGCCCAGAUCCUCGACCCCUGCUGGUGUCCAACAGAGCUGGUGGUGAAGGGGGAGCGUAUGGAGUUCCCAUUGUCCCCAGCCCCAGGCAAGGAGUUCAAUUUUACAAGUGGAAUGGGCAUGAGUUAUGAGGCCAAGCACGUCCAGGAAUGCCUGCAGAAGGAAAGUGAGCUCCUGGCUGACAUGCUUGAGGAGGUGAGGAAGGCCACUGGAAUCACCUUCCCCCAAGACAAACACUGAUGUAUGUCCUGAACAAAUCAAGACAUGCUGGGAAUUCCCUGGCGGUCCAGUGGUUAGGGCUCUGCGCUUUCACUGCCGAGGGCACGGGUUCAAUCCCUGGUUGGGGAACUAAGAUCCCACAAGCUGCGCAGCAUGGCCAAAAAAUAAUAAUAAAAUAAAAUAAUAAAAUAAAAUAAAAACGUGCUUUCCACAGA